GUGAGCUCGACUGCUCGGGUUUGAAUCUACCUAGACCUUGGCUUGGUUCCUCUACGGCUCUACCUAUGAACCUCAAGUUCAAGGGUCAAAUUAAUGGCUGCCGACGGUGACCGGCUACUUUCCAAAACACCUCGCAAAAAGCCCUAAUCCUCCUCCUUGUGUCCCCAAAGUUCCGUCUGAUUAUUUCACUUUCCUUUAUCGAAUGCACCUUUAAAGUCUGCUUUAGCUCCAAUUUUUCCAAAUUUAAUGGUAUCUCCAUGCUCUCCAUUUUUCACCUGAGAAAACAACAGAAAAAUGUCUACCCCUGUUUCGUUACUCUUGUCGUCUCUCCUCCUGCUGCUAUUACACCUCACGACAUCGCAUUCCGGCGCCGGUCCCCACAUCGCCGACGUCAACAUACUAUUGCCUCCCAAAAUGACUCACCCGGUGGAGUACAGACUUCAGGGCAGCGACGGUUGCUUCAAAUGGUCGUGGGACCAUCAUGAUAUAUUAUCGGUGGUGCCGGAGCUUAAUUCAAGUAGCCAUUGCUCGACAAGUGCUCGAUUAAAGUCCAUCGCACCUUAUGACGGGCGGCAGGAGACUGCCGUUUAUGCAACCGAUUUGAAUACUGGGACCGUGAUUAGGUGCAAGGUUUAUAUUGAUAUGAUAUCGAGGAUUCAGAUAUUUCAUAACUCCAUCAAGCUGGAUCUUGACGGGCUUGCUACUCUGCGUGUGCGUGCCUUUGAUAGUGAAGAAAAUGUCUUCUCCUCUUUGGUGGGCCUGCAAUUCAUGUGGCAAUUGAUGCCAGAAUCUCAUGGAGUUUCUAAUAAUCUCAUGCAUGUACCUUUGAAGGAUUCUCCACUGAGCGAUUGUGGCGGCUUGUGUGGUGACCUUGAUAUCCAAGUAAAGCUCGAAGAAAGUGGUGUGUAUUCGGAUUUGUAUGUAGUGAAAGGCACUGAGAUUGGCCAAGAGAUUGUUUCUGUUAAUUUGCUAGAACGCUCACUGGAGCACUUAGCAGACAAAAUUGUUCUCACAGUUGCCGAAGCAAUGUCUCUAGACCCCCCAUCACCUGUGUAUGUCCUCGUUGGUGCAGUUCUCCAUUAUACUCUUAAAGUCAUCCGUAAUAAUACUCCGCGUGUUGUAAAUUUACCAUCUCCAUUCCAUCAAUGGUCCAUUUUGAACUCAUCAGUAGCUCAGAUGGAAAGUGCAUUGGGUACAGUUCAUGCAGUGAACCUUGGGGUAACGACAGUUGUAGUUGAGGACACCAGGGUUGCUGGACACAUGCAAAUAUCGUCUCUCCAUGUUGUUGUACCUGAUAAUUUGGUGUUAUAUAUGUCUCCCCUCUCUCUUUCUGGAGGUCAAAUUGAUGGCGUCGAGCCUAUUCCAUCUGUAUCACGUUGGUAUGUUGUGUCUGGCCGCCUGUAUCUCAUUUGUGUUAAGGUUUUCUCACCAGGUCCCGGGGCGCACGAUAUUUUUAUUACCGAAAGUGAUGUAAUAGAGCUUCAUGAUAACAGUGAUGAAUUCUGGAAUAUAGUCCCAGUUUCAGAACAUGAGGGUGUUAUUGCCGAGAAGAAUUGUAGAGUUCUAAACGCAAAUUCAUAUGGACUGGGGAAACUUACUGCAACUUUGUCUUACAGCUCUGGGCAUGAUACGGGGAAAGAAGUUGUCAAAGUAGUUCAAGAAGUCAUGGUUUGUGAUCCGGUUCAAUUCAAUAUGUUGGGAAACAGAAAUGUUUCUGACAGAAUUUUCCUCCCAUGGGUUCCUGGUGUCCAUCAAGAGCUGGAGCUUAAAGUUACUGGAGGUUGUGCAAUGUCCUCGAGCGACUAUAAAUGGUUUUCUUCAGAUAUGGCCGUUUUGUCUGUAUCUGUCUCUGGGAUUGUUCAGGCUAAAAAGCCUGGAAAAGCAAUUGUUAGAGCCGUGUCCAUAUUUGAUUCAUUGAAUUAUGACGAGCUGGUUAUUGAAGUUUCCAUUCCUCGUUCGAUGGUUAUGCUGCCUAACUUUCCUGUAGAGACGCCCGUCGGGUCCCAUCUUCAAGUGUCUUUGACAUUGAAAGCAUCACAUGGUGCUAAUUACUAUGCUUGUGAUGCAUUCAGGUCCUCCGUAAGAUGGAGUACCGAGAGUGAUUCUUUUGUAGUUGUCAAUGCAACUGAGGAAUUAUUCGUUAUAGACCAAAAAGAAGCCACUCAACUUCGAUCAUUGUCAUUUGGUCCUCCAUGUGCAUGGACCCGCAUAUAUGCUACGAAUCCCGGCCGCUCUGUGGUAUACGCAACUUUAAUCAGAGAUAAUCUACAAUCUGCAAAAGCUGGUCGGGAAUCAAUUGCCUUGAAAGCAUCCUCGAAUAUUGCGGCAUUUUCACCACUUGUUGUGCAUCAGGCAAGUGACGGGAACCAGUUUGGUGGCUACUGGUUUGAUUUGGCUCAUGCUGAAGCUCAUAAUCAGCUGCAUAAUUUGGAUCUCUUGUAUCUUGUGCCCGGCACUCAAAUAGAUGUUAUGCUUCGUGGGGGGCCAGAAAGAUGGAGUAAGGAUGUUGAAUUCAUUGAAAAUGUGCAAGUUUUGAAUGAACAGACUUCUUCUGUGAAAAAUACUAUUUCCAUUGACCAAUCAACCAGCUUUGGCAAUCCAUACAAAAUAGGAUGUGAAAGUUUGGGAACCUUCAGGCUUGUUUUCAGUCGUGGCAACUUAAUCGGGGAGGACCAUCGUUUGCCUGUUGUAUCAGAAGUGCAGUUGGUGCUUGUGUGUAGUUUCCCAUCUUCGAUAGUGAUAUUGGCUGAUGAAGCUUUGAAUGCUCUUCCAGCUAUAAAGUCUGCUGCUCAGGCUGAACGCUUGCUUGAAGGAGUUCGGGUUCCCCCAAUUACAGUAGCCAAUGGACGGAAGAUAAGAGUGUCAGCUGUUGGCCUUAGUAGUUCUGGAAAAGCUUUCGCUAAUUCAUCUUCACUCAGAUUAAGGUGGCAAUUAACGGAGUGUGAAAGGCUGGCACUUUUCGAAGAGCAGUAUGGUCCAACAACAUAUUCCAGUUGGGAAAGGUUCUUGAUUUUGCAAAAUGAAUCUGGAACUUGUGUGGUACGUACGACUACUAUUGGCGUCAUUGAUUCUCUUAGUCAUCUCGAUUUUGCUAAGACGUUUCGAGGUCCUACUCUAGCAGAUGCAAUUCAGCUGCAGCUAGUUUCUUCUCUUCGAGUGAGUCCAGAACUCAGCUUGUUGUUCUUCGAUCCUGAGGCUAGGAUGAAUAUUACAAUUACUGGUGGGAGCCGUUCAGUGGAGACUUUGGUGAAUGACACCCAAAUUGUGGAAAUAGUGCAACAAAAACCUGCUGAUGAAUGCACAAGUCUAAUUUUGGCUCCUAAAAGCCUGGGGUAUUCCCUUGUUACGGUGCAUGAUAUUGGGCUUGCUCCUUCUCUUUCUGCAUCUUCCAUUGUCCAAGUUGCCGAGGUGGACUGGAUUAAGAUUGUAGGCGGAGAACAUUUAAGCAUUAUGGAGGGAACUUCACAGUCCUUAGGUUUUUUGGUCGGAGUUGGUGACGGUCGAACUUUUGACCCUUCUCAGUUCGUGUACAUGAAUAUUCGUAUUCAUAUUGAAGAAACUAUAGUUGAGGUUGAUAGUCAUGUCCAUGCAUCGAAUUUCACCUUACAUGCUACUCGUCUUGGGGUGACCACUCUAUAUCUUAGUGCUGUCCAACAUUCUGGACAUGAAAUACGGAGCCAACAAGUUACUGUGGAAGUAUAUUCUCCGCCAAGAAUACAACCUAGUGAUAUAGUCCUUGUACCUGGCGCAUCUUAUGUGCUGACAGUUAGAGGAGGCCCUAGAAUUGGUUCACAUGUCCGAUUUACUAGUACGGAUGAUCGGGCUGCGAAAAUUCACACGUUCACCGGACAACUCUUGGCAAUUUCACCAGGCAAUAGUACUUUAACUGCCACUAUAUACGGCGAUGGUGAUAUCGAGCUUUGUCGAGCAUAUGCCUCGGUUGAAGUAGGGGUUCCGUUAUCAGCAGUUUUAAAGGUCCAAAGUGAAAAUCUUGCGAUUGGCCGCACAAUGCCAGUAUAUCCCUCGUUGUCCAAGGGAAAUUUAUUUUCCUUUUACGAGCUAUGCAAAAAUUUCGAAUGGGCUAUUGAAGAUAAAGACGUUUUGGAAUUUCAGUUUCGUGAUAACGGGCAACCCGCUGAUUUAUUGAACGGGCAAGAUUUCGAUUUCGUUCGGGUUGUGGGUGGAGUAUCUGCUGGCAAGGCGAUUGUUACAGUUUCUUUCUCAUGUAAUUACAAUUUCUCAAAUUCGAUGUCGAAGUCGAUUUUCUACAAUGCAUCUGUAUCGUUAUCGGUAGUUCCCGAUCUUCCGCUCGCUCUUGGGCAGCCAAUCACUUGGAUACUUCCUUCCUAUUAUACCUCUUCCGAUCUUUUGCCUUCGUCUGCACAUUCUCCGAGAGAUAAAGGUAUUGCUUAUUCCUUGUUGGGACAGUGCAAGAGAAAAAAAAUGGAAGAGUUACAAGAUGAUGAUACAGGUAUAUAUCUCGAUGGGGCUAAAAUUAUAACGAAGGAAUCUGGCAAUCUCGCAUGCAUUCAGGCGAAAGACAGGUCAACAGGGAGAACCGAAGUUGCAUCGUGUGUGAGGGUCGCUGACGUGGCACAAAUCAGAAUAACUGCCGAUGAGUUUCCAAUUCACACCCUGGCUGUAGGCUCGGAACUCGAUCUUCCCGUCAAAUAUCACGAUACUUUAGGAAAUCCUUUUCACGAGGCUCAUAACCUUACGCUGUUCGAAGUGGAAACUAGCAAUGCUCAUGUUCUGUCUUUUGAUGAAUACGAUGGCCGUGGAAAAAUCCAUGUCACGGCGAAAAGCCAAGGAACAGCUCUUGUUCGGAUAGCUUUUGUGAGUAAUCCUCGUAAAUCAGUGUAUGCAAUAUUUUCUAUUGGUCCUCAGAUAUACCCACAGAAUCCAGUCAUCCAACGAGGGAGUACACUUAACUUUGAAAUAAAAGGUCUGACUGACUUGGCUGACUUGGCUUCAGGUCAUUGGUUCAGUGCCAAUGAGAGUGUUGUUUUUAUCGAGAAACUAUCCGGUAAAGCUGAAGCAAUUGCAGAAGGCACUACACAUGUCCACUUUUCGGAUCCGAAAUCAAGUUCUAAGCUUCACACAGUGGUCACUGUACUGAAAGGGAACAAAAUGGUAUCGGUCGAUGCUCCUAUCGAGCCUGUACUCACGAAUGUGCCGUUUCCAGUAAAAGGAUACGCUUUCACAGUAAAAUUUAACGAUGCCCGUAAAAAUUCUUUCGACUGUGUGGUAGAUCCGCCUAGUAUUGGUUUUGCCAAGCCGUGGAUAGAUCCUGAGGUGGGUAAUUUAUAUUGUCUGUUUUACCCUUAUUCUCCCGAACACCUCGCGCGCUCGUCUCCCGAGAAUCUAAAUCAGGUUCGCGUGACUAUCAGAGCUUCGAUAAAGGGAGACAAUCGUUUUUCUGGUUCUGCAUCUGCCCUUUUUGUUGGAGGUUUUAACAUACUCGAAAUGGGUAAUAAUAAAAAUUCACUACGUUUAAAUCUGACACGAGACUCAAACACGGGCUUCAUGACCAUAAUCGGGAAUACGGAUGUUGAUCUCAACUGGCAAGAUAGGAACCGAUUAUCGGUCAAACUAGUCUACGGGGAAGAUCAUACGGUGGGGAAAUUUGUGAAGUACGAGGUUAGAGUUGUCGGAGCAGAUAAAUUACGAGACCGGCUUAUUUUCUCACUCUCGGCCACCGGUCAAAGGGUUGAGAUGGAAGUUAGUUACGAGCCGGAAGAAAGAAAAUCGGUAGUUGGGUUUGGAUUGGGGAAUGAAGCUCUGUGGUGUGGGAUAUUGGGCCUUCUCUUUCUGUCGAUACUCACGGUGAUGUUCGUGAUAUUUUAUCUGGAUAGGCCCGAAAGAACACGUGUUGGUUCUCAACGGGUUGUUUCUGGUAGUCCAGGUGUAGCUGCACCAAUCACGCCUGAACGGGUUAGCCCGGCAGUGAUUAGCGACCAGUCUCCCAGAACUCCACCACCGUUUAUCGAUUAUGUUAGGCGGACUAUUGAUGAGACUCCUUAUUACAGGCAAGAUUUUAGGAGGAGGGCUAAUCCUCAGAAUACGUUCUAAAGCUUCAGUUCAGUGGUGACUUUUGUUUGAAGAGUGAUGGUGACUUUUUCGUGUACUAUUUAUGUAUUUGAAAUUUUCGACUUCUUUUUAGUAGGAAAUUUGCCAAAACGAUUGUAGGAAGUGUUUGUGUAGACAUUUUUCUGGUGGAGAAGUUAGGUAAGCUGACCCUGAGCCAAUGGUGAUUUUGUCCUUUUUUCAUUUUUGUCUUCAGUUAAUAUUAUUCUUCUUUAAACAAGAAAUGAAACAAGCAAUUUUCAUUUUAGUGUUCUUUCCAUGAAGUGUUCUUUCUCAAGAGUGAUGAAAGAUUGUUCAAUCACUUGCAUUCUCUGAUAAGGUCCUUGGAAAAGAGAAAGCAGGGAUGCCCCGAAUUUUUCCUUUGCUUCUUUAUCAAGAGGAUCGUCUCCCAAAUACAUAUGUAUGUAUGCCCUGCAGAGAAACUCGCUUUCAACUCUGCUCACAACCUCAUUCAUAACUGCAUAAACAGGGAAACAUCUA